CUCCGCCGCCGUCCGGUGACAAGCAGAGUCCGCGGGCCGCCUCGGCCCCCCGCGACCCCACCAUGGUACGCGCCAGCCCUGUGGGGACGCAUCUCCCCGCGUCCGGCUUGGACAUUUUCGGGGACCUAAGGAAGAUGAACAAGCGCCAGCUCUACUACCAGGUGCUGAACUUCGCCAUGAUCGUGUCCUCCGCGCUCAUGAUCUGGAAAGGCUUGAUCGUCCUCACAGGCAGCGAGAGCCCCAUUGUGGUGGUGCUGAGUGGCAGCAUGGAGCCGGCCUUCCACCGCGGAGACCUCCUCUUCCUGACCAACUUCCGGGAAGACCCCAUUAGAGCCGGCGAGAUCGUCGUCUUCAAAGUCGAAGGGCGAGACAUUCCAAUUGUGCACAGAGUCAUCAAAGUCCAUGAAAAGGAUAAUGGCGACAUCAAGUUCCUGACCAAAGGUGAUAAUAACGAGGUGGAUGACAGAGGCUUGUACAAGGAAGGCCAGAACUGGCUGGAAAAGAAGGACGUGGUGGGAAGAGCAAGAGGGUUUUUACCCUAUGUCGGUAUGGUUACCAUAAUAAUGAAUGACUAUCCAAAAUUCAAGUACGCCCUGCUGGCUGUGAUGGGCGCCUAUGUGCUACUCAAACGCGAGUCCUGAACCACGAAGGCGGGAGUUCUGCUGCCAGAUGAAAUGCAUUGUGCUAAAAAAGAGAAACUAAUAUAUCUGAGAUGCUCCUUGUUCUGCAUAAAGGGACCCAGUCCAGAGACCUUUUUUUCUUGCCCAAAUAAACGCUUCCUCGGUAA